AUGAUAUUCCAGGUUCUCUCUGGGGUUCUAACCCUUUCCACUAUUGGUUCAACAGCCAAUGCCAAUGUCAAUAAUACCUGUUAUGGUUCCAAUCUGAUCUCAACUCCUUCAACAGACCAUCGCCCUGUGCCUUGGGGCACCCCGAGUGUCCAUUUCUCGUCAUUAAAUGGCACACUAACUACGUGCUGUGACUCUUUGGACGAGAUCCGCACCGCGCUCGAUGAUAUCGAUGAUCAAAUACUCGAUCUUCUCAAUCGGCGAGCUGCAUAUGUCCGCGAGGCCACUCGUUUCAAGUCCACCCGGGCUUCUGUGAAUGUUCCCUCGCGCAAUGAGGCCAUCCUCGAACAGGCAGAGCAGCAGGCGGCGCAUAUCGGGGUACCAGUGACGAUUGCCCGGGCGGCCAUGGGCGCCAUUCUGAACUCCAGCGUGCCUUUUGAACAGUGCAUUGUAAGUGAACUUGUAUUCUCAGUUAAGAUUUGA